GGCUCCGGCCUCCUGGGGCUUCUCGGGAGACUCCCCGGCGGGCCGGGCCGGGCGCCGCCCCCCUCCCAACGCCGUGGACCAUGUUCCCCAGCACCGGCUCCAACGGGCUGUAUAAAGCACCUCUGUCAAAGAGUCUUUUAUUAGUCCCAAGUGCCCUGUCGGUUCUAUUGACUCUGCUCUUCCAACAUUAUCAGAAGUUCUUCACAUAUAACCUACAAGCUGUAAAAGAGGAUUUUCAGAUUUGGAGACUUGUAUUUGGGAGAACAGUAUGUCUUGAUCUGAAAGAUACAUUCUGCAGUAGUUUGCUCAUUUAUAACUUUAGGAUAUUUGAAAGAAGAUAUGGCAGCCGAAAAUUUUCAUCCUUUUUAUUGGGCUCCUGGAUGCUGUCAGCUUUGUUUGAUCUUCUCCUUGUAGAAGUUAUGCAAUAUGCAUUUGGCAUCACCAUCAGUAGUUUGCCUUCUGGAUUCUUGGGUCCUGUAUUUGCUCUGUUUGUACCAUUUUUUUGCUCCAUUCCAAGGAUGCAAGUGACACAAAUAUUAGGCCAAUUUCCCAUCACAAACAAGACAUUGAUCUAUAUACUGGGUUUACAGCUCGUAACCUCUGGUUCCUACAUCUGGAUUGUAGCCGUAAGUGGACUGAUUUCUGGGAUGUGCUACAGCAGUAGUGUGCUAAAAGUUCAUCAGGUGCUUUGUGUUCCCAGCUGGCUGGCAAAGAUAUUUUCUUGGACUCUUGAACCAAUAUUCUCAUCUGCAGAACCAUCCAACGAGAUUCGAGUAGGGAUGGGAGCAACAGUGGACAUCCAGAGACAGCAGAGAAUGGAGUUACUGGAUCGUCAAAUCAUGAUGUCUCAGUUUGCACAAAUGAGACGGCAAAGACAACAGCAGGGCAGGGUGAUUAACUGGAAUCGACUCUUUCCUCCUUUACGUCGUAGACAUAAUGCAAAUUAUCAAGAUAAUGGCCAGUCUGAGCAAGAGGCACAUCCACCUGCUGAGGUUUCUGAGGAACAGGUUGCACGACUUAUGGAAAUGGGAUUUUCCAGGGUAGAUGCUUUGGAAGCUCUGAGAGCUUCAAAUAAUGACCUUAAUGUAGCUACCAACUUCCUACUGCAGCACUGAUGAUUGUCUGUGAUGAAAAACUUUAGUUGAUAUGUUUAUCUACCAUCAGCAAGAGGAUCAAAGCCACCUGCUGGAUAGACUCAUAAAGAGCAAAAGCCAAGAAGAAGAAAUGUCUACUAUACGCGAUGUUUCAAAGUAGUGUUAAUGGAUGACACUGACUGUUCCUAAACCCCCAAAUAAAGUGGUGGUUACUGUUCUGGUUAUUCUUUAAAAGUAACUUUUAUCUCUAUAUGUUAUAUGAUAUCAUCAAAAUUUAUUUUAAAAAAUUUGGUGUCUUUCUCUUUUAAAUCAGUAUUAGACAUAUUAUCAUUCCUAAUAACUAGGAAAUACAGAAGCAACUCAAACUACUGCAAACAGUUAAAUUUACCUAUCAGGAAAAAUUACAUUUCUAUUUUUUUCUCAGUUUCUUUGCUCUAAAACUGUAACUCUACAUUAUUUUACAAUAUUUUGAUUUUUGAUCACAGUAAUGAGAAAAUGUUCAGAUGUGGUGGGUAAUGUCAUUUCCAUAAAGAAUUAUGGGACUAACAUGUCAUUCAUCAAUAAGUUUUAUUAAUGUUUGUAAUAUUUUAUCUCUCUCAAAAUCCUUUUUAAAUAAAAGUUGUAAUUCAGUACCAUAAUUCAUGUAGGAUACCAGAACUGUUAUGUGCGUAUUGCAGGUUACAUUAAGUGACUGGUAUAAAUUUAAACUAUACAAAUUGUGUAGAUGACUUUACAGAUCAGACAGCAUGAAAAUACUUGAAUGGAAGCAGUAAAAGGGAAUUUGCUGAUUACAAUAAAAUCAGGCCUGACAUCAUUAAUCUGAUUUGGGAACAUUUCCAUGGUAACAUGAUGGAUGUGUUUAGUAUGCUGUGUGUUAGUUUUGGUUUUUUGAGCAGCCUAUACAUUUCUUUAAAAGAAAAAUACAAACCAGGCAGAGGAAAAGACGGUUCUUCUGGUUCUGUCUGGUCUUAGUUUUCCGCUGUUAUAGAUACAGACCAUCCUCGGUGUACUGUUGGAGGCUGCACUUAAUGUCAGUCACUGACUGGAAGGCUAGCCUUUGGAAGGAUUGACUCAAGCCAACCGGAGUCUAAUGGCAGGGGAGCAAGAAAUGGGUUUUAGAGUUUAAAAUGAUAAAUCUACCUAUUUCACCUCUUUUUCAGAAGUGCUGUGCCUCCCCAGUUUGGGAGUUUCUGGGUACUCAGCACCUCUGCAAAUCAAGCCAGUUAUUAUGGAGGUGCCAGUUCUGGCUCCAUAAUUAAAGUUAAGUUGAGUUUUGCACUUACAUGUUACACAUGUAUAUAUUAUACAUUUAUUUUAUAUAUGUGCAUGGUAUAUGUAUUAUACAUAUAUGAUUGAAAACAGGACUGAAGAUGUCAGGGAGAAUGAAGUGGGAGGAGUAAGAAGUUGGAAGGAAAGAAGGGAACAGAGGGGAGAGAGAGGAGAGAGAACUAUAUUUUAGAAAUCAAAAUGAGGGGAUAAUUGAGAUUUCUAAAAAUGGCAGCUUUACUGUAUUCUGCAAAAUGAACAGAAAAUAACAUCAGAUUUUGUUCACGUUUAGGUACAUAAUGUACUUACAAUAAUACAGAUUAUUGUGCUCAUGUCUUAAUUUCCAUUGGACUGGUUAAGAGAUUUGAAAUGAGAGACCAUUAUUUUAGCUUGUGAACAUUGUAACGUGAGGUAUUUGCAUGCAGCUACAGUCUUUUUGUAGACUCUUCCUGCAUUUUUAAGUGAAAGAUUGUUUUGUUCACAUAAAGAUGACUGACAUUUUUCCUGCAUGGGUUAAGGAGAUGUCUGGAGUCAGUUAAGUCUGAAAACUGACUGGAUCACAAAGAGAAGCCCUGGAACCUUAAAAAGAAUCUGUUCAAAAAUGGUAUGAUUAUUUGCAGCUCAGUUAAAACUUUUGGAGUACACGUCUAAGAGGUCAUACUUUUUUAUUUUAAAAUACGUGUAAAGUCUCCCCAUCACUAUCAGAAUAAUUGUAUAACAGGUGGCCAUAGAGGGUGAUAAAUAAUUACAGAUAGAAUCAGUUACCCAUGUACAGAAUUAUUUAUUUAUAUCUUACCCAGUAAAAGUAAAAAAUUAAAUAUAACAGAUACACUUCCAGAUACUGUCCUACUAUAGAAACAAGGGCCAAUAGAGCUGCAUCCAGAUUCCAUACAGAUUUUACACUUAGAAUUUGCAAGUAUGUAAUUAAGAGUGCAAUUCAGGACAUUACUAGAGUAUUUGCAGAUUAAUAUUCUGUAGGUCUAAAUAUUUUAUUUUUGUUAUUUUGUAUUGCAAUGGUAUUCAGGUGUCCCAGUUCAGACGUAGGCCCAUUGUGGUAGGCACUCUAAGAAUGUACAAACAUAUUGGAUGAAAUCCUAGCCUCACUGAAGUCAACGGCAAAACUCCCAUUUGACUUCAAAGGGGCCAGAUUUCACCCAUGGUCCCUGUCUUGAAAUGCUUGCAGUCUUCUAGAGUCUUCAGACAAAAACUUUUUGUUCUUUUUGAUCCCAGACACUACUGAAGAAGUUUUCAAGGUGAUUCAUUCAGCAAAGUGGGACUUGUAGAAAUUAGAGCUGGAAAAAAUCUGUUGGGUCACCUGCUGUAGACCAUCUCCAUGAUGUAUGUGCAAGAUAGUUCCUUAGAGCAUAUUUACUAGUGCUUUGUCCAGUCUAAUUUUAAAUGUCUCAGAAAUGGAAUUGGUUUCCAUGUGGAGUGCACUCCAGACAUUUUUUGAAGAGGCAAAAGAAAGUGUCUGCCCUUUCCCUUUAGCAGAAUACAAAUCAGUUUUCUAUAGGGAAAGGCUGCAAGGAUGAAAUCCGGGCCCUGUUGAAGUCAGUGGCAAAAUUGUCAUUGACUUUAUUAAAGCCAUAGUCUCACCCGGAGGAUAUGUCUUCACUGCAGCUGAGAGCCUCCCAGCCCAGGUAGACAGACUUGCACUAGAUUCACUUGAGCUAGCAUGCUAAAAAUAGCAGGGUGGACAUGGCUCUGGCAGAGAUGGGCUAGCCACCCGAGCUCAGACCCAGGUUGUUGGGUGGGUUGGGAGCCUGAGUGCUGUCCAAGCC